AAAUAUUACGCGUCUGCAUGAAUGAUGCGCGCCAUGUUUUGCUGACGGCAUCUGUGUAAAGAUCAUUGUAUGAGCAGUUUCGCUUUAGUAUAAGUUUUACGUUGUUAAGAAUUGUUGUGUUUUGUGAAUUAAGACAUAUAUAGGAAUACUAUGGGAGAUGACCCUGAUGCAGUUCCCGAAAGGGAAAUGAAGGAUUUUCAGUUCAAACAAAUGAAGAAGAUACGAGUAUUUGACUCACCUGAUGAGUUGCCCAAGGAACGCUCAAGUCUUUUGGCAGUGUCUAAUACAUAUGGGUUGACAAUUGUUGGUAGCCCAGGAGGACUGAAGAUUUUUCAGACAAAAGACAUUGUAGCUGCCAACCAGAUUGGAGGAGACCCUAAUGAGAUAAUUGAAAGCGUGUCCAGCCUGCCAGUUGCAUUAAAAUUGCCUGUGCACCACAUGGCUCUGGCAUCUGAUGACCUGACUCUGUCCGCAUGUAUGGCUUCCAGUGAACAUGGAGUUUUUGUUUACUUUUUCGACAUUAGAGUUUUUAAUAAGAACAAGCAACAAAAAUCUCCAUUUGCAUACCAGAAGUUGUCCAUGAAUGCCAGCUGUCUUGUGAUUGAUCUGAAGUGGAAUCCUGCCAUCCCUUCCAUGUUGGCCGCCUGUUUGUCUGAUGGUAGCAUAUCUGUAAUGGAAGUCACUGAUACUGUGAAGGUCAUUGCCACUCUGCCAUAUACAGCUGGUAUCACAUCGGUGUGCUGGAGUCCUAAAGGAAAACAAUUAGCAGCUGGAAGACUGAAUGGGACUGUGGUCCAGUACCUUCAGACACUGCAGGAGAAAAAAGUCAUUCCUUGUCCUCCAUUUUUUGAUUCAGACAAUCCAGUGAAAGUGCUGGAUGUUUUGUGGCUAAGUACCUAUGUGUUUGCCAUCGCUUAUGCAGCCGCUGAUGGGUCACUGGAAACCCCGCCUGAAGUUGUUAUUGUUUCAUUACCGAAAAAAGAAGAUCGUCAGGAAGAAAUAUUUCUGAAUUUUAAUGACUUGUGUUUUGGAAUCUGCAACGAAAGGCAGCACCAUUAUUUCCUCAACCACAUUGAGUUCUGGGAUAUUAUAUUAGCAGCUUCUGCAGCUUCAACAGAAGUUAGCAUCAUUGCCAGGCAAGAGGAUAAGAGUAACUGGGAAAUAUGGCUCCUUGAAGACUCGAGCAGAGCAGAACUACCUGUCACAGACAACAAUGAUGAUACCCUGCCUCUUGGACUUGCUGUGGAUUAUACCAGCCAAACAGAAAUAUACAUCAGUGAUGAAAAAACCCUCCCUCCAGCUCCAAUUCUCAUGCUUCUGUCCACAGAUGGUGUUCUUUGUCCAUUUUAUUUAAUUAACAGCAAUCCUGGGGCAAAGUCUCUUGUGAGACCAGCACAAAACCUCCCAUCAGACGGAGAAAGACUGCCAAAAGCAGGAUUUGCAUCACCUCCUUCAAGCACUGCUUCAACUGUUCCAAAGUCCGAAACAUCUGUAAUGGCAACAUUUACUGCAGCUGCUGCUUCUAAUCUGUUGUCUCCAUCCUCGCAAGCCCCUGCUGCUUCCGGAGCACUUUCGUCAUUCUCAUUUGCAGCAGCUUCUGUGAAGCCUCUUCCUACCUCAGCUUCUUCAAGUAGUUCAUUCUCCUUUGCACCACCAGCUCACCAGACAGUUCUCACUAACUCCUUUACAGCUCCCUCAUCCUUCUCCUUUGCUUCCCCAUCUCUUUCUGGACCAUCUGCUGCAUUGGUUGGAAGUCCUGGACUGAAACCAUUUUUAGAAGCUUCUGGUCCUCCAGCCACAGUGAAUGCCAGCUUGAACAUGAAAACGAGCUUGACCCAGGGUCCAGUUAUUUCUGCCGCAAAACAAAAGUCCAGUGAAAAAUCUAAAGCUGUAGACAUACCUGCAACAUCUGGAAGUCUGAAGUCUGCUCCCUCAAGUUCUGCUAUGUUUGCCUUCACUUCAACACCAAAACCACCGACAGGAGGGCCUUUCAACCAGCCUCCAGCUCUUGGAGUUUCAUCUGUUGCCUCAAGUAAGACGUCAGUCGCAUCACCUGCAGCAGUUAAUACACGUCCUCCACAGAAUAUGUCUGCAGCCCUUCCACCUCAGAAACCAAGCAAAAUGUCUGUUCCUGCAACCAGACAAGGCAUCACUCAGCCCACUGUGUCAAGUUCUGCUUCAGAAAUUCAUCUGUCAGAGUCUGAUCCUGUCAUGGCUGGCAUAAAAGAAGAGAUCGCUCACUUUCAGAAGGAACUGGAAGAGCUAAAAUCCCGAACUGCAGUUGCUUCUUUCACAGUAGGGACAACAGAGGAGACCAAGAUUCUACGAAAGGAAGCAGACGAACUUCAUACAUUUCUUCUAGAGAUUAAAGAAACCACAGAGUCUGUUCAUGGUGAUAUUGGCACGUUAAAGACCACACUUCUGGAAGGAUUUGCUGGUGUGGAAGAAGCAAGAACACGAAGUGAGCGUAACUGUGACCCAGGAUACUUAAAACUGCUCCAUAAGAAGCCUCUGGAUCCCAAAAGUGAAGCCCAGCUUAAGAAUAUUUGUCAUCUCUACCAGUAUGUGAAGUGUACAUCUCAGGAUGUGAAUGAAAUGCUGGAUAUUGAAUGGGAAAGAUACUUGGACAGCAAGAAGCAGCAAAAACGUCUAAUAGCACCUGAGCGGGAGAUUCUUUUUCACACUUUAGCUAAUAACAAGGAAAUCAUUAACCAGCAAAGACAGCGACUGGACAAGCUUGUUAAGAACUUGCAUCAUCUUCGACUGUAUAACCAAACAUCUCAGUGGAGCAUGCCUAGUGAUUCUGCAGUUGAUGGAAUUCAGAGCUUUGAUGGUGAACUAGAAGGUCUUCACACUGCCUUAAUGAAAACUACGUUAGAGGCUUCUCCCAUCUCAUCUCCUAGAUCCCCAGGAGGAAAGCUGUCUCCAGUGAAGCAGGCUCAGCUGAGAAGCUUCUUAUCUAAGAGGAAGACCCCAACUGAGAGAUCCACUGCACCAGCCAAUCUGUCUCGAUCAGCAUUCUUGUCUCCCGAAUACUAUGAGAGUUUAAAUGAGGACAGCUCUAGUUCCUCUGUUUCUCAAGCCCUUGAAGAUGAUGUACAGUUAGCUGAACAAGAGGACGUCUCCAUUAAUAUUCCACGCCAUGCACCUGUUGUUCGCACCCCUUCUAUCCAGCCUGGUAUGAUUACCCCAGGGCCGGCACUUGGCAAAGUGCAACUUGGGUUUGGAGGUCUUAAUGCAGGAACGUCCGGUAAAAUUACCCUGGAUGGAGCAGACAGCACUGCACUUGUUACCAAAACAGUGAAGCAUGGCGCUCCAGCCAAUGAGAAGCCACCACAGUCUACUCUUCCAGCAGCACAGGCAGCUGCUGCAGCUGCUCUGAGAAGGCAGAUGGCCAGCCAGUCCACAGUUACAAGCACAUCCUUGACAGAGUCCACUUUGAAGAACGUUCCACAGGUGAAGAAUGCCCUGGAAAUUAAAGAUAGCAAUCCCCAGUUAAGUGUUUCACCAGUCAUUGGCCCAUCAGUUCCAGCAUCUGCAGCUCAAGUUGUCCGGAAAGUAUUGGACACUGUUGCUACAAACCAGACAAAUCAGGUGACCAAGUCAUCUUUUGGAAAGACACAGUCCACUGUGAAACCUCCUGCAACAGCUCCAGCUAUGUCCGCUGUACAAUGGUUUUCAUUCGGAAAUUCUGGGCAAGGAGCAGGGAGGACGGACACAACUUCGUUUGCAUCUGCCUUGAGCUCUACAGUAACUCCUGCUUCACUUGUCACCAAGCCAUCCUUGUUCUCUUCUCCUGGCUUUGGACCUCUGACCACCACAUCCACAUCAGUACCAAUACCAGUGCUUUCUGGAGUACAAGUGAACUCUGCUUCAAAGGACUCUAGUCAGAGUAAUUCAUUUGUAUUUGGUAGUAGUACAAAGCCAGCCUUCAGUCCAGCAACAGAAAGCUCAAAUAGUUUUGGAACUUUGAAACCUGCUUCUGCCAUUACAACAUCCCAGCUGACGCAUCCAUCUCCCGAAGCACUUGUAUCAUCCAGCAGGUCUAGUGUAUUGACCACAGCCUCAUCGUCUUCAGCAGCAGCAGAUUCAACAACAACAACAAAAUCUGAAGUUCAGCUUGGCAAAUUGGGAGAUGGUUUCUUUCAGACGACUUCAGCUGGAGAAACACUUGGUAGUUUUUCAGGCCUCAGAGUUGGACAGACAGAUGAUGCCACAAAGACUACGUCUAAAGCAUCGUCUUCUGUUUUUAACUUUGCACAGUUAGCAAAGUCUUCUGCAGUGACACCUGGAUUUGCUUUUGGUUCAUCACUUCAACUUGGAAAGCCAUCAGAUGCCAAGCCUGUGUUAAGCACAGCAGCAGCAUUAAUCACAUCUACUACUGCUGGGAGUGAUGAUAAAUCAUCUUCCAAUCUGCAAAUGGCAAAUGCCAAACCUCAAGAGGUUCCUUCAAGUGCUGCCAAGCCUUCAUUUGUAUUUGGACUGCCUCAGACAGGUAAUUCUGUCACUCCUCCUCCUGCUCUCUCAUCUGCUAGCCCUCUAACCACCACCUCAUCCUUUGAACCUGUUUCAUCAUUUGGGAGUGCAUCUUCAGUACCUGCUGCAGACUCUGUCAUUUCCAAUUCUUCUGGGGAUGCCAAGCUACAAGCACCAGUACAGAAACCUGUGGAAAGUACUCUAUCUUUGCAACCUCCCCAGCAGGCUCCAGACUCUGCUACCAAUUCAUCUCUGUCCAAAGCAGAAAAUGUGACUGACAUGCAUUCUGGAGCUGCUACUUCCCCACCAACCACAGAAGUUACUUCUCUUCCACCAUUAUCUACUUCUAAAACUGAGCCGGUGUCUCUGCUACCUACCUCUGCUUUACCUAAUACAGUUAUUUCUGCAACUUCUGUAGACACAUCAAGUGCCAUCUCAUCUACUGUGGUAUCGGCAAACACACCUGCAUCAACCGCUGAGUCUGGGGGUUCUGCAAGCACUGCAGCCUCAUCUGGAUCUUUGUUUGGAAUAGCAUCUCUGUCCCCUGCUGCUGCUUCUCCUUUUGGACAGCCUGAUAAUUCUACUGGGCAGAGCACUGUUUUUAGCCAAACUCUACCGAGUACAUCUACCGCCACCACCACAACCAGUACAAUCACUGGCAGCACUUUUGGUCUCCAGGUAACCACUGCUGCCUCUACAGCAUUUGGGCAGCCUGCUACUAGCACAGCUUCCAGUACUGCAGGUUCUGCAUUUAGUGCACCAGUUAGUACAGCCGAGUCAGCAGGUGGAUUUGGAAAGCUGCCAUUUGGACAAGCACCUUCCUUUGGACUUACUGCAAACAGCACUUCAGGUUUUGGCCAACCAGUGUUUGGAAUGCAGCCAGCAUUUGGACAAGGAUCACCCUCUACCCCUGCAUCCACCAGUGAGAGCAUGUUUGGUGGGUCAUCAGCAGCUAGUACUUCCAGUUCUUUCUCAUUUGGAGCUUCAACAGCCAGCAGUGGGGGUCCUAUCUUUGGUCAAUGUUCAGCACCAGUGUUUGGACAAACUUCUGCAUUUGGGCAAACUGGGUCCUUAUUUGGUAGUAACACCACGACAACUCCAUCAUCUGGAUUCAGUUUUGGUCAACCUUCAGGGUUUGGUGGCAACACUACCGGUUCGUUGUUUGGUCAGACAUCUACAGGUGGGAAUAGUGUAUUUGACCAGACCACUACAUCCUCCAGCCUGUUUGGGAACAGUGGUGCUAAAUCAUUCGGGUUCGGAAGUACUACUUUUGGAGAACAAAAGCCCUCUGGCACGUUUAGCUCUGGAAGUGGGAGUGUGGCCAUUCAAGGGUUUGGUUCCUUCUCCACAGCCACUAAAGCAGGUGGCUUUGGAGCUGCUCCGGUGUUUGGCAGCCCUCCUACAUUUGGGGGUACCCCAUCGUUUGGAGGGACGCAGACAUUCGGUUCAGCCCCAUCCUUUUCAAACAACCUGGGCCCAAUAGGAGGCAAAGUGUUCGGUGAGGGAACUGCAGCUGCAAACACAGGAGGAUUUGGUUUUGGUGGCAGUGGUAAUGCCGUGUCAUUUGGUGCCCUAGCCGGUCAAACCAGUCAAACUCCGCCUGCUUUUGGGGCCCUGCCCCAGCAAACUUCCACUUUUGGCGGACAGACUGGUGGAUUUUCCAACUUUGGCUCAAGUGGAUCUGGAGGAUUUGGAUUUGCGUCAUCUUCGCAAUCCAGCCAGCAAGGUUUCAGUGGGUGGAGAGGUUGAAGAUGCUUCCUGAUUUCUCUCUCGUUUCAUCAGUACAAUUGCUAUCUUAAUAUGUAAAUUUGUAACGCACUGAAUUAGUUUUUACCAUUGGCUGACAGUCAUGAUAAUUUUUCUUCACCUAAUAAAUGUUUUAAACCUCA